UCUCGUGACAGAGGCUAACGUUACACUAGUCAGCUGAUAGCAACUCCAACGUCUCUAUUUAGAAAAGCCAUGUUAUUUAGCUAGUAUUAAAAAAGACAUUUGCGAAUUAAUCUCAUCGAGCACUGAAGAUGUUGUCUCGUCUACUGAAGGAGCACCAGGCGAAGCAAAAUGAGCGGAAAGAGCAGCAGGAGAGACGCAGGCGUGAAGCUAUCGCUGCAGCCACCUGUCUGACAGAAGCCCUGGUGGACCACCUCAAUGUUGGAGUUGCCCAGGCAUACGUUAACCAACGUAAGCUCGACCACGAGGUAAAGACUCUCCAAGUGCAAGCAAGCCAGUUCUCCAAACAGACUGCUCAGUGGAUCAGUAUGGUGGAGGGCUUCAAUCAGGCCCUAAAGGAAAUUGGGGAUGUAGAGAACUGGGCCCGCAGUAUUGAGAUAGACAUGAGGACCAUCGCCACAGCUCUGGAGUACGUACACAAGGGUCAACUUCAGUCUGCUUCCUCAUAAGCUUCACGGUGGGUCGUUUAGAGCUGAAGCUGAGCACACUGUGCGUGUGAGUGUGUAAAUGCAGAUGGUUACCUUGUGAAGAGAAAUGUCAAACAUCUGGAAUGGCUCCAGCUUCUAUUUAGCACUGACUUCAGUUCAAUCUUUGAUUGAAUAAUUAGGGGAGGGAAGCUUUGUCAGCAAGGAUUUUUGAAGCUGUCAUUUAAAAACUUAGUUCACCUGCUUGUUAUAGGUUCAAGGGGCCACAGACAAAUUACCACCUUUGUUUUUGUCUGUAGUAUCUCCUAAAAGAGUUUCAUAGGACGACUUCUUUUCAGCACCUGGUACUUAAAUUGUAUAUGUCUAUGUUUAUGUAUUAUAUGUCUUUGCACAGUGACGACUUCACUGUAUUUGUGGAACAACUUGAAAUUUUGUUACCAUUGAUUCAACAUAAUUUUUAAUAAAGUUUAACAACAAA